AUGACUGGGGAUGCGGCUUCUCAGGCGACAGACCAGUAUCCACGCGUGGAAGCCGCCAUGGAUCUUCCAGUUGUGGUUGAUUCGGACGAUGAUGAAAUGAUUUCCCACGAACUAGGGCAAUUGAGGAGUAUAUUGGAAGAGGCGAUUUUGAAAACGCGCAGCAUGCCUCUCAAUAAUCGACCGCGACUUCCCCGAAUACCCCUAAGCAAGCGAAAUCGGGCUGUCCCGGAUAUCACGCAGAAACUAACGGAGCGCAUAGACGACCUGAAGCAAAAGAUCGCUGCUUGGGGGAAGCGGAUCCGGCGAUUUACCGAGAGGUCAAGGCAGUUCAACCAGAACCUUCUCUUCCAGAGUGAUCAGAAGAGGCUCUAUAAAACAUUGGAGCGACCACAGAUAUGUGGAGCGGGCCCAGGACCGGAUCAGGCUAACACUGUCGCAUUUUGGCGUGGCCUGUGGUCAGAGCCCGUAAAUCACAGCGAGGGCCCUUGGAUGGAAGUUGUGGCGAGCCAGAGUGCGAAUGUUACGUCUAUGGACCCCGUCACCAUAACGCCGGAAGACGUGGAUGAGGCGGUUCGUGGAGCCCCGAACUGA